AUGUUCGCAUAUUCCAGGAAGAUUAUCGCCACUUCCACAUCAUGCCUUAUAUCCAAGCAAGGCCCCCCCUACAUGAAAAUCCCCUCCAUGAGCAGAUUUCAAUCCAGCAUAGCAACUGAAUCACCAAGUGUACUCCCAGCAGUGGACCUCAACCAGACCAUCCACAAUGUCGAAGGCAAAGUCUCCCAGUGCGAGCAAAUCAUCACCUACACCGCAAAAUCAAAAUACCAUCUGCUCAACGCCCUCAACGCCUCUGGAUGUCUCAUCUCGCACAAUAACACCACCUAUUCUAUCCCCCACAACUCCGGACUGGCUGUCCUGGGCGACGCUCGCAUGGCUGGAGUCUUGUGCAAAUGGUGGUGGGGGAAAAGUCCAAAGGCCCACAAAGGCCAGUGGACACAGAUACGCCACGAUAAGUGCGGCAAUGGGUUUUUGGCGCAGUUAGGUCGGGAGAAGGGCCUGCAUGAGUGCAUCAUCUUGAGUCCGGGGGCAAUCGUGGUGUCGGACAAGAUGGUUGCUACGUUGAUAGAAGCUCUGUGUGGUGCAAUAUAUCUGGAUGGAGGAGAGGAAGAGUUGGAGAGGGUCAUGAGGAAGCUAGAUUUUCACCAGCAUCAGUACUUGUAA